AUGGACCACAUUUUAACCACAAAAAUUGAUGCAGAGACGAAAGUUAUAUCUCUCCAGAGAGCUGGAGAGAGUGAUAAGGAAGGAAUUAAAGUGAGGACUGAAGUGAAAGUUUUUGAGAAUAAGAGAGAGGCUGAGGUGGCUGAGGCUAAUUCUGAGUUAGCUAAGAAGAAAGCGGCUUGGACAAAGGCGGCUCAAGUGGCCGAAGUUGAGGCUGCUAAAGCUGUGGCUCUUAGAGAAGCUGAGUUGCAAGGGGAGGUUGAGAGAAUGAAUGCUUUGACUACUACCGAGAAACUUAAAGCUGAGUUCCUUAGCAAAGCUAGUGUCCAAUAUGAAACCAAGGUACAAGAAGCAAACUGGGAGCUGUACAAGAAACAAAAGGAGGCAGAAGCAGUUCUGUUUGAGAAGAAGGCAGAGGCAGAAGCACAGAUAGCAUUGGCAGAUGCUACAUUUUAUGCUCGCAAGCAAACAGCUGAAGCAGAGUUAUAUGCAAAGAAAAAGGAGGCAGAGGGAAUUAUGACACUUGGACAAGCUCAGGGAGUGUAUGUAAAUACACUUUUCAAUGCACUUGGAGGAAACUAUUAUGCUCUAAGGGACUAUUUGAUGAUUAAUGGUGGCAUGUAUCAAGAAAUUGCCAAGAUUAAUGCUGAAGCAAUACGCGGACUUGAGCCAAAGAUUAGUAUUUGGAGUAAUGGUGGUGAUAGUGGUGGUGGAAUAACUGAAGGUGGUAUGAAAGAGGUUGCUGGUGUGUACAAGAUGUUGCCACCUCUCUUUAAGACUGUUCAUGAACAAACUGGCAUGUUGCCUCCUGCUUGGAUGGGAACCUUCUCUGACAAGACACUGCGUCCAAGAUCUAAAUCAACAAUGUAUAGAGUAGCAAAUGCAUCAGAAUACCUUGUGAUAACCGGAAUCGGAAUCGACGACAUAAAACUCGCAAAGGAAGCAUGGGUUCUCCCCGGCCAAUCAUGGUCCCGCUUCGACCUUUCUCCGGUAAACUACACCUUCCAAGUUCAAGCUAUGAGCGCCGAAAAACUUCCUUUUGUUCUCCCUGCUGUUUUCACUAUCGGCCCUCGUGUUGAUGAUCACGAAAGCCUUCUCAAAUACGCGAAACUCAUCUCAUCAUACGAUAAAAACUCCAAUCACGUUAAUGAACUUGUUCAAGGAAUCAUUGAAGGCGAGACACGUGUCCUCGCUGCAUCCAUGACGAUGGAAGAGGUUUUCAGAGGAACAAAAGAGUUUAAAAGAGAAGUAUUUGACAAGGUUCAACUCGAAUUAAAUCAAUUUGGGUUAUUGAUUUACAAUGCGAAUGUUAAGCAAUUAGUAGAUGUGCCAGGUCACGAGUAUUUCUCAUACUUGGGGCAAAAGACGCAAAUGGAAGCGGCAAAUCAAGCUAGGGUUGACGUGUCAGAAGCUAAGAUGAAAGGUGAGAUUGGUUCGAAGUUGAGGGAAGGCCAAACACGGCAAAAUGCAGCGAAAAUGGAUGCAGAGACGAAAGUUAUAUCGCUGCAGAGGGCUGGAGAGAGUGAUAAGGAAGGAAUUAAAGUGAGGACUGAAGUGAAGGUUUUUGAGAAUAAGAGAGAGGCUGAGGUGGCUGAGGCUAAUUCUGAAUUGGCUAGGAAGAAAGCGGCUUGGACUAAGGCGGCUCAAGUGGCUGAAGUUGAGGCUGCUAAAGCCGUGGCUCUUAGAGAAGCUGAGUUGCAAGGUGAGGUUGAGAGGAUGAAUGCUUUGACUACUACUGAGAAGCUUAAAGCUGAGUUUCUUAGCAAAGCUAGUGUUGAAUAUGAAACCAAGGUACAAGAGGCAAAUUGGGAGCUAUACAAGAAACAAAAAGAGGCAGAAGCAACUCUGUUUGAGAAGAAGGCAGAGGCAGAGUCACAGAUAGCAUUGGCAGAUGCAACAUUUUAUGCUCGCAAACAAACAGCUGAAGCAGAGUUAUAUGCAAAGAAAAAAGAGGCAGAAGGGAUUGUUACACUUGCACAAGCUCAAGGAGUAUAUGUAAAUACACUUCUCAAAGCACUUGGAGGCAACUAUACAGCUCUAAGGGAUUACAUGAUGAUAAAUGGUGGCAUGUUUCAAGAAAUUGCUAAGAUUAAUGCUGAGGCAAUACGUGGACUUGAACCUAAGAUUAGUAUUUGGAAUAAUGGUGGUGAUAAUGGUGGGAAAUUAAGUGAAGAUGCCAUGGGUAUGAAGGAAUUUGCUAAUGUGUACAAGAUGUUGCCACCUCUGUUUAAGACUGUCAAUGAGCAAACUGGCAUGUUGCCUCCUGCUUGGAUGGGAACCUUAUCUGGCAAAAACCCUUAA